UGAUUUUGUACGACCUUACUAUAUAUUUCUAGGAUUUGAACGUAAUGUAUGUAAGCCGUUCGUAGUAAAUGGAUAUCAAGUUGGUCUGAUACGUCCUGAUGUAUUUAAUGAAUUAUUAAAGUAUCCUGAAGUGUUUUUUAUUCGUGAUGUUCUUAAACAUGAUAACUCGUCUGAGACUAUAGUUGAACUGAAUCCAGCUUAUAGGGACUAUUCGGAAAGAACUGAAAAUGUUGAUCUAGUUUUACGUGAUAUGAUGACUAAAGGACUCUUUUCAGCUGCUUUGAAAGGCUGGAGAAACGAGUGUUAUGAAGUAAUGAAUACGAGCAAUGUAUCACUGCUGAAGAUGGAUCGAUCAGCUACAUCAUUAUUUGGAAUCAGAAAUUUUGGCGUUGAAAUUAAUGGAUAUAUUAAGCAUCCUACUAAAGGGUUAUGCAUUUGGUUACAACAUAGAUCAAGCACUAAGCAAACAUGGCCAGACAAGUGGGACAAUAUGGUUUCAGGUGGAGUGUCUGUAGGCUAUGGAAUUAAAGAAACAGCCAUAAAGGAAGCAGCCGAAGAAGCUUCUAUUCCGGAAAGUCUUGCGCAGAAAAUUGUGUCUGCUGGAUGUGUCAGCUUCUUUUUUGAGAGCGAUAGGGGUUUGUUCCCCAAUACUGAAUUUGUAUUUGAUCUCGAGCUACCAUUGGACUUUAUUCCUUUCAAUACUGAUGGCGAGGUCCAAGGCUUUGAGUUGCUGCCAGCUGCAGACUGUGUAGAAAGAGUAUUCUCACCAGACUUUAAGACUACGAGUUGUCCAGUAAUUAUAGACUUUUUGAUCCGUCACGGAUACAUUUCGCCCGAAAAUGAGACAAAAUUUACGGAUGUCGUAGAGUUAUUGCAUGUUCCUUUAUGCAAUCUAUUUACAUAUUCGCGCCAAGCGAAAACCAUUGAGAAUGGUGAACAGAAUGGCCAAAAGUAAAGAUAAUAAAAUAAAAAAAUCUGAAGAAAUCAAUCAACAACAAUGAAGCAUAUAUAUACAGACAGACGACACAAACACAAGUUUUGAUAAUAUUAUUAACAUUUUACAUAAAGAAAAUGAUGACAACUAAGAAGUUAUUUAUUUAUGAUGAUCGUUUUUUAGAGCUUAGAUAGAUUUAAAAGUCUCAAUCUAUAAACCUAUAAUUAUUAUUAUUCUUUAGAGUGAAAAAAAAAGGAACAAGAACAGAAUAUUUAACAAUCUUAAAAUCUCCGUAUUAAUUCUUAGCUGUAAUGCAUAACUUAUUAUUUUAAUUUAACUUAUAAAACUUGUAAUCAAUCAAUCUUAUCGACCUAGAAUCUUUCUUUCUUUGGAAGAUAUUUAUGAAAAUCUCUUGUAAUAUCCGUUAAUGUUUGUCACCGUACAAUUCAAAAUACAAUAUGAGCAAUUAAAUAAUGUAAUAAACCCUCUCAUAAUUUUAUUAAUCUG